AUGGCCAAUUCCAGGAUCGAACCAUCGCAGAGGCUGCGACGAGCAGUCCUUGCCAAUGAUGCCCUAUUGGUGCAGCGCAUUGUCAAGUCCCAUCCCGAUCUCAUCCACAAUCCGGACCACUCCAUCACCGGUCUCUCCAACUCGAGCCUCCACCUCGCCGCCAGCCUCGGCCACCUCCAAGUCUGCAAGGUCCUCGUUGCCCACGACCACGAGCUUCCCACUCCUGCUCUCAACGAGAAACACCAGACCGCCCUGAUGCUAGCAGCCUCGGCUGGCCACACCGAAGUCGUCCAUUUUCUCGCCGAGAGCGACCCGUCCUCCAUUCUCCGACACGAUAUCCGAGGCCGGGAUGCCAUAAUGGAAGCUAGCGUGGGAGGGCACGACACCGUAAUCCAGAUCCUCCUCACCUACGUGCCCGAAGGCGCCGAGACGGCUGUCCGGAGAGCCGAUCUUGACGGCAAUACUGCCCUGCAUUUCGCCAGCAGCAAUGGCCAUCUCCUCGUCCUACGAACCCUCCUUGCCGCUGGAGCCGAUGCCGAGAAGCGGAACGUUUGGAGCUGGAGCGCCGUCGCCUACAGUGCGACAGUACAGGCUGAGGUCUAUCUCAAGAACCUCGUCUUCGACGUCGAGCAGCGGAGGCGGGUCAAAAGCGACGUCGAGGAGGGGCGAAAAGGGGGUGCUGUACGCAUGGUGCAGCAGGAAGACGGCACCGCAGGCUGA